AGCACAUACUUAAAUUAACUUCACACACACAUGGGUGUGUUGGUACUGGGCCGUUUCAAGGCCGUGGGAGUCGUCAUCUGCUCGGUCUGCCGGUCGUCGGCGGCACGUGCCGUCUCCCAUGUGCUGGGAGGGUAUGUAAGGACGAGCCGGCCGCGCCCCCGACACACCCACCCAGCCAACAAGAGCACCAGCAUGAUGUGGAGCCCAUUGGCAGCGCUCUGUCUGUCCGCGGUCCUACUGGGCCCCGCGGCCGCCCAGUUCCAGCCUCACUGCGACGAUCGGCAGGUCAUCGUUCACCUGUUCGAAUGGAAAUGGACCGACAUUGCCGCCGAGUGUGAACGCUACCUGGCCGGCGCCGGCUACUGCGGUGUUCAGGUCUCGCCUCCCAACGAGCACGUGCUGGUGACGGGCGAGGGCGGCGAGUACCCUCACCCUUGGUGGGACCGUUACCAGCCAGUCAGCUACCGCCUGGAGUCCCGCUCGGGCUCCGAGGACCAGUUCAGGGACAUGGUGGCCCGCUGCAAUGCCGUCGGAGUUCGUAUCUACGUGGACGCCGUGCUGAACCACAUGGCCGGGCUGGGCCGCUCCGGCCAGGGUAUCGCCGGCUCCAGCUUCAACUCGGACGAUCACGACUUCCCGGCUGUACCGUACACGGUCGACGACUUCAACCCGCGCUCCAAGUGCCCUUCGACAGACGGCAACGUCAACAACUACUCCGAUAUGGAUAACGUCAAGAACUGCACGCUGGUGGGCCUGACGGACCUGGACCAGAGCCUGCCGCACACCCAGGAGCGCAUUGUCGACUACCUCAACCGUCUGGUGGACAUGGGAGUCAGCGGAUUCCGCUUCGACGCUUCCAAGCACAUGUGGCCCGACGACCUGGCAGUCAUCAUCGACCGUCUGAACAACGUCGGAGACUCGAAGCCCUUCAUUUUUCACGAGGUCAUUGAUCGCAACGACGGCGCCGUCACCGUUCAGCAGUACUACGACAUCGGUCGUCCGACCGAGUUCCGUUAUCCGAUGAAAAUCGCCUGGGGCAUCAAGGACUUCAACCAGCUGAGUAACGUGGUCGAUUACGGCUGGGGCAUGGCCGAGUCCGACAAGGCCUUCGUCUUCGUCGACAACCACGACACCCAGCGAGGACACGCCGGCAACGCCGAUGUGAUCACGCACCAGACUCCCAAGGAGUACAAACAGGGCGUGGCCUUUAUGCUGGCCUACCCGUACGGCUUCACGCGUGUUAUGUCCAGCUACUACUUCGGCGACGAUACGGACCAGGGCCCGCCUCACAACGACGACUGGAGCACCGCUGACGUCGUCAUCAACGAUGACGGCUCGUGCGGCGGCGGCUGGGUGUGCGAGCACCGGUGGCCGGCCAUCAGUAACAUGGUGACCUUCCGGAACGCCGUCACCGGCACGGAGAUGGCCAACUACUGGAACAACGGACAGGCGGUGGCCUUCUCCCGUGGUCAGGUCGGCUUCUUCGCCAUGGCCAAGGGCUCCUCGAUGCACGAGCACCUGCAGACCGGUCUGCCGACGGGAUCCUACUGUAACCUGAUCGACAACUGCGCUACCACAGUGGAGGUGAAUGGAGACGGAUCGGCCGAUAUUAACAUUGAUAACGACGAGCAGCCGAUUCUGGCGAUCUGUGUUGGUUGUGAACAGAACUGAGCGGGGGAGUGACGGGCUGGUUGGAACUGGUAGGUCGGCCCGGAGACGCGGCUGGCUUAGGAUGUCGCAAUAAAUGUCUGUGAUUGAAAU